AAAUGAAUGUUGUGCACUAACAGUAACAGAGAUAACUGCAAAACGAACAAUCUUCCAGAUCGAAAUGCAAUCAGACAAUCCUUGUUCUUCUGACAGAGACGAAGAAGAGCUUCAAGUCUCAUCACAGAAACCCUAGAUUUCAAACGAUGAAACCCCUGAUUCCGACUAUGGGUUUUGGGUAUGUCGGGACAUGUGUUAAAGGUAACCAAAUCUCUGAGUCUCUAAUGGGUAUUAGAUUGAUUUUUACUCUGUUUUGAGGUUAUGCUGAUUGAGCAUUGACGUGUGGAUCGAUAUUUGAAGUUUUGGGAAGUUUUGGAUUUGGACAUCGAUUUGGGUUGCAAUUCCUGUUAGGACUGGUGAGUUUUGUGAUUUUUUGAGUUUUGAUUUGAUAUCGAAAGAAGAAACCGAGGGAAAAACUUUAGAUGAACUGAAACACAUAAUUGAUAAUUUGUGGUUUUGUUUUGGAGUUGGGUUUUGUGUAUAAUGGGAAAUCAGAUUGAGUUUGUUUGUUGAGAAUUGUCUUUGGUGAUUGGUGGAACUGAAUUGAAUUUUGCAGCUCCUACUAGUACUACCCAAUAAUUUGAGAAUUUAAAAAGUGGGUCUAUUUUUUUGAGAAUCAAUUUGAAGAAGCAUUGGGUGGUUCUGAUUUCUGUAUACUAUGGGGAAAUCUGAAAAGUGGGUUAAAUAUUGGAACUAAUAUUGGUGUUGAGUUUGUUUAAUAGAAUAUUAAUAUGAGGCUGUUCGGCCUUUUCAAUUUUGGGUCCAGAAAAGCCCUGAAGUUUUAUUGUGAAUGAAGGGGAAUUCUGAGGGAUAAAGGAGAUGAAGCUGAAAAUUGUGGGUUUGGAGGUACAAUGACUGGAGGGUCAUUGGGUCUACGGACAGCAAGUUAUGGAUCAAUGCAACAGCCCCAGAAUGAUGUGUUUCAGAUACCGAAUUCAUUCAAUGUGCGCAAGCCUUCGAAGAUGCCCCUUUCUGGUUUGAGGGAGAAGGAAAGAUUUCUCCCCUUUAUUUGCAGAUAUUUAGGUCGAAGGAAUGUCGGAAUGCUGAUUUUGGUUGCACUGGCUCUUUUGGCUUUUUUAAUAGGGUUUAUUACAGUGAAUAAAGAGGAUGCAUCGGAAAGCGCUAGUUCUUACAUUGCUCAGACAAUUCAAAACAUGGAAUUGUCUAUGGUGAAUACUGUCACAGUAUGUGGUGAAAACAACAGCCAGCAUCCACCUACCUCCCAUUCUUCUGUUUCUAGAGUUGUUGCAGACUCUGCUCCUCUUCUGGGAAAUCCAUGCAAACAUUAUGCAAUUCCCCCACCCCCUCCUGGUGAAAGAAAACGGAUUGGACCACGCCCAUGCCCUGUAUGUUACCUUCCUGUGGAGCAGGCUAUAGCCAGAAUGCCAAGAUCCCCAUCAGUAUCAGCCGUGAUUCAUCAUUUAAAUUAUUUCCGUGAGGAAAAUCCAAUAAAAACAGAACCACAUGGACGCUAUGAGUUCGGUCGGUUUCCUUCUUUAAAGCAGAGGAAUGAAUCAUUCAAUAUAAAAGAGUCAAUGACUGUGCACUGCGGAUUUGUCAAAGGAUGUAGACCUGGUUAUCAGACUGCGUUUGAUAUUGAUGAAGCUGACCUUAGAGAGUUAGAGCAGUUCCAUGACGUCAUUGUUGCAUCAGCCAUAUUUGGAAACUAUGACAUAAUGCAACAGCCUACGAACAUUAGUGAAGUUGCAAGGGAGAAUGUACCCUUCGUUAUGUUUAUUGAUGAGGAGACAGAGAAGUAUAUGAAGAAUUCUAGUGGCUUGGAUAGCAGUAAGAGGGUUGGAUUAUGGAGAAUUGUUGUUGUCUGUAACAUACCUUACACUGACCCAAGACACAAUGGAAAGGUUCUUGUGGCGCCAAAAUGCCACUUUUGCUAUUUCAAGACACUACAGACGCUUUGAUGUAUUUGAAGAAGCUGAAGCUAAUAAAGCUGCAGGGAAAUACGACAAUGCCUCUAUUAAUUACCAGAUUGAGAUCUAUAAAAAGCAGGGUUUAACACCAUACUCUGACGCUAAGCUUCCUAUAACUAGU